AAGAGAUGACCUGCCCAUCAGGGGAUAUAAGGAGGCCUCCUGGUCCCGGGAGCCACAUCAGCUGUGGAGCUCCAUAGCAGGAGACACAAGGAUGGAAGGCUGCUUCUGGAAGACCUUGCUGGUGGUUGGAGCUCUUGCAACGGGUGGGACCUCCUCACUACAACACAAACCUCUGAGCUAUGAUGAGGCUGUGGACCUUGCAGUGAGCAUCUACAACAGCAAAUCUGGGGAAGACUCCAUGUAUCGUCUCCUGGAAGCUGUUCCUCAACCUGAGUGGUAUCCUCUUUCUGAAAGCAACCAAGAGCUGAACUUCACCAUCAAGGAGACGGAGUGCCAGGUUGAAGAAGAACGUGCCUUGAAAGAAUGCGACUUUGAAGAAGACGGGGUGGUCAUGGAGUGCAGGGGCUACUAUUUCUUUGGGGAGACGCCCUCAGUGCUCGUUCUCACCUGUGAACCGGUGGCUGAAGAGGAGGAGGGGGACAAAGAGGAGGAGAAGGAGGUGGAGGAGGAGGAAAAGGAGGAAGAUGAGAAGGAUCAGCCCAGGAGAGUCAAGAGAUUCAAGAAGUUUCUCAAGAAGCUCAAGAAAAGCGUGAAGAAACAUGUCAAGGAAUUCUUCAAGAAACCGAGAGUCAUCGGGGUCACCAUCCCCUUCUAAGAGGGGAUUCGGAAGGACCCUCCGAUCCGAGGAAAACCAGCAGAGAAAAAUGAUGUUCCAGUCCAUCCAAUCAUUCCUCAAAAAGAUACUCCAGCAAUAAAUAAAUGAAUAAAUAAAUGAAUAAAUAAAUAAAUAAAUAUAUAUAUAUACUCA